GGACAAGAAAUGGGCCAAAGCCCACUCUACUUUUCUCCUUGGACAAGGCGGCACUUUAUUGUUUGGGAAGUUUUUUUGGUGAUCUGGGCGAGAGACUUGGAAGGGAAAAGGAAUAUACUGGGCGGAACUUUUAUUUAUUGGAGGAGGGCGAAUUCUUUGGUGGGAGAGAAAAAGCAAGGGCGCAACGCGAGCAGCAGCAGGCGAUUGAGAAAUUGGCGAAUCAACUUCUCCCAAGCGGUUUGAGUUGAAUUUAACAAGAGCGAUUAGUUGGUUGGAUUUUCUAAACCGAAUUAGUUGUUUAUUGUUGAUUUAAAACAUUAUGAACAAAACCCUAUCGAUUUAUCUUAAUUUUGUCAUGAACUAAACCCCGAUUUCUGGGGGAACACCAUAGGAUGUAGCUAUUUCUUGAUUUGAUUGAUUGAUUUAUGAUUCUUUUCUUCCAAUCUCUAUUGCAUGAAAUUUCUUAAUGCUUUGUGUUGACUGGCCACCAAUACAUCGAUUUGUAGUUGAUUAGGUUAUUAGCGACAGUGAAACCCUAUUAACUGAACAUAUUUCAUGUGACAUAGUAACUUAUCGAAGCGACAGUGGAUUAAAUAAGGUGCUAUGCGGUCUUAAAUAGGAUAUCGAUCUUCAGACUAUAUAGUUAAUUCAUUGAGCUACGACAGUAGGAUUUGAAUUGAUUAUUUAGUACGUAGUAAUUCCCGACAGGGAUAGCUAGCACAUUCGUGAUAUCCUGGCUGUAGAGGUAUGGAUUAAAUUGAUUGGAAUAUGUGAAUAAAUCCGGAUAGGAUAGGUAGUGAAUCCCGGUGUAUCUCCCAGAGCUUUCUCCCAUUGAUUUAAACCCGACACUUUAAUUUGCUUAAUUAAUUAAUUUUGCUAGUAGUUAAUAAUAUCGUUAAACCAUUUUCACCUAUAGUUUGCUCUAUUAAAUCGGUAAAUCUUAAGGUUGUACCAGUCCCUGAGAGACGAUACCCGGACUUUCUGGUUUACUACGAGAUAGGAUUAAGGCAUACGCUUUUGCCCUAUCAAGUUUUUGGCGCCGUUGUCGGGGACUGCCAUACCUUAUUUUUGUUGAUUUUUGUGAGUGAACUAUUUUGAUCUGGGUGUUAGUGUGUAGGUGAGUUUUUCAGGUUUAUCCGCCUCGUGCAUGCCAAGGAGGACGACUGGCAAUUUACUGCCACUAGAUCCCGAGAUCGAGAGGACCUGCCGACAGAAUAGGAAGCAGGCCAAGUUAGGGAAGCAGCCUACCACAUCCACAACUCCUAGGCCUUCCCUAACUCAGAAUUGUCAACCGAGAAGGCAGGUGUCACCACCUGUCAUCCCUACACCACCUACACCACCGCCGCGCGUCAUCGAGCCUGUCAUCAUGGCUGAACAGGAUCGUUCGAUCAGGUCUCGUCUGAAUCGGAGGAUUGGAGCCCGAGCUUCAUGUGUUGUCAUUCCGGCUGGGGAUGCAAACAUGGAGAUUGCCCCAGCCUUCAUCAAUAUGAUCACGAAUGGGUACACCUUCUCAGGGGCCAGCACCGAGGAUCCUCAUGAACAUCUCCGCCGGUUUGCAAACAUUUGUGACACAAUGAAGAGCCCGGCUGUGUCUGAUGAUGCCAUCCGUCUUCGGAUGUUCUCAUUUUCUCUGCUAGGGAAUGCAUCACACUGGUUCCAGAACUUGACACCCCGUUCCAUCACAACAUGGGGUCAGCUUGAGAAGAUCUUUUUGGAUAAGUACUUUCCUCCUGCCAAGGCAAUGAAAAGGCAAGAGGAAAUUGUCACUUUUAAACAAGCUGAGGAUAAAAGUUUGACCGAGGCAUGGGAGCGCUAUAAGGAGCUUCUAAUGAGAUGCCCGAGCCACGGUCUUGAAGAUUGGAAUGUGAUCUCCAUUUUCUUCAACGGAAUCAGAAGAUAGUACCGAGAUGCUCUAAAUAAUGCUUCCCGGAAUGGUUUCACAAGAAUGGAAGCACCAGAAGCAUAUGAACUGGUGGAGAAGAUAUGCUCUGAAGAUACUGAAUGGGGUAGUGAGACUGGCAUUCGAAGGAGAGGAGGCUUGCAUGAGAUAGACAGAGUUGCAAGCUUAGAAGCAAAAAUUGAUGCUAAGCUGGAUUCCAAGUUCGAUGCACUCGAACGAAGGCUGGCUAAGUUGGCUCUUGGUAGACAAGAGGAGGUUUCUUAUUGCGAAUUAUGUGAAGGUGCUCACAUAGGGAUCUAUGUCCACUGGUGGCUGAUCAGGUGGAAGAUGUGCACUAUAUCAACAAUCAGAGAAAUCAAGGCCAGGGUGGUAUGUAUUCGAAUACCUACAACCCACAAUGGAGGAAGCAUCCUAACUUUUCCUGGGUGAACAACAACCCAAAUGGUGCUCGCAACAUUCCACCUCCAGGCAUGCAGAAAUAACAACCUCCACCUCAACCAGAGAAGAAACCACAACUUGAAGAACUGCUUCUGGCUCAUAUGCAGAAAACAGACAAUAAUUUCAAGGGCUUGGAUCAAUUUGUCACUCAACAGCUAGCCAUCAACAAUAAUUUACAAUCUUCUAUGCUAGCUAUGGAGAGGAAGAUGGGACAGAUGGCUCAAACUUUGGCAGAUAUGCAAGGUAGAAAACAGGAAAUAUUUGAUAAUUAUUCCAUUUAUGCUCUGAACGCCUAGGCAGUGCUAAUUUUAUAUGCACUUGGAUUAUAUGAAUUAUUCCAGAAAACAUGAAAUAUUUGAGAAUUAUUCCAUUUAUGCUCUGAACGCCUAGGCGCACCUAGGCUACGCCUAAUCGGGCAAGGCGCAAGUCAGGAGCCGAGCGCCUGCCUUACGCCUAGCGCCUUUUAGAACCUUGGUCAUAACAAUCAAUUAUGACAAAACAUAAUCGUCACAAUAUGCAAUUAUGAUAAAAAUACGUUCGUCCUAAUAUACUGUUAUGGCAUUAUAUUUUUGUCAUAUUAUGCAGUUAUGACUUAUGAAAAAAUAUAUUCGUCACACCAUGCAUUUAAGACAAAAUUUAUUCGUCACAAUUAUGUGAUGUCAAAAUAUAAUUGUGUAAUAUGACGAAUAAUUUUGUCAAAAUAAGAAAAUUAUGACAAAAUUAAUGACAAAAUAUGUUGACAUAAGAUCUCUGUUUGUCACAUUAUAUACAGUGCCUGAUAAAAAUAGCUCUUGUCAUAUUAGACAUAAGACAAAUAAGGCACCUUUUCUGACAAAUAAAACUCGUCAUAAUAUGCAGGUACGACAAAAUAAUGUCGUCACAAUAAACACUUGUGACAAAAUGUAGUCAUCAGAAUAUAUAGUUAUGACAAAAUACAAUUGUGUAAUAUGACGAACAAUCCUCCCAAAAUCACCAGAUUAUGACAACCGUAAUGACACAAUAUGUCGUCAUAACAUCACUGUUUGUCACAAUUAGGCUUGUUAAUGAGUCGAGCUAUUCGUGAGCGGUUUGGUCUCGAACUCGAUAAAAUCUCGUUAGAUUAAAAUAAACUGGCUCGUUAAUAAACGAGCCGAGCUUGAGCUCUACCUUGUUCGGCUCGUGAAGCUCGUGAACUAGCUCGAUUAGGUGGCUCGUUAACACAACUCAUGAAAUGUCUCGUUUUGAGCUUAUGAAAUAUCCUAACAUUGUUACUAGAGAGCCAACUCGAUUACAGCUUAUGAGAAAAUCAAUCUAUAUUUUAUGAGUUGGUUGGUUAAUGAUGCAUAUAAUUAUUAAAUUGUAUAUAUCACCUCAUAUGGUGUUUAAUACAUUGAGUAUAUGUAA